GGCUCUUCCGGUAUCUUCACGAUCUCACUCAGCUCAGCUGUCAUUCUUAUUUGCAAACAAAGAUCCCGUGCUCGGAUGUUUGCAGCUCCGCCGCCCGUCCACCCGGUUUGUCACUUGAAUCGUGCUGUUACCGGAUAAAAUGGGAGAAAACGGCGACACCGAGAUCAUAGAGCAUCACGUUGACGAGGAGAUGGAGAAGAAGAGGAUAUUAAGAAGUCAUGGCUCUUCGUUCAUGGAGAGUAUUACACCGUCGGAGAGGGAUGGACACAGUAGUACGCAGUCUUCCCACCGGCUGCUGGCAUACAGUGACGCGCUCAUCUCAAUCAUAGCCACUGUUAUGAUAUUACCUGUUGCACAUACAAAGGUCCAAGAUAACGAGGAAUUGAAGGAGAGUCUGCAGGUUCUGCUCACCACCAAGAUAGCUGUGUACCUGAUGACCUUCCUCAUAGUGACCGUAGCAUGGGCUGCUCAUAUCAGGUUAUUUCAAGUCAUUGAACGUAUUGAUGACUGCCUUGCACUUCUCAACCUAGCUUGUAUGAUGUUGAUCACCUUCCUGCCAUACACAUUCUCCCUCAUGGCGACGUUUCCUGAGAACAUCUUGGGAAUCCUCCUGUUCUGUGCCUGCGUCAUGGUGUUAGGCUUCAUUCAGGCUGUUAUAGUGGUGUAUGGUUUCAGCCGUCCGUUCCUGCUCAACGACCAGAUCCAGGUGUCGGAGAACCAGGUGUUCUAUAAACAUCACAUCCUGAAGGUCAUCAUGAGGGUCCCCAUCAUGUGCUUCUUCGCCAGUAUCUUCUCAUUCAUCUUCUUUCAGAUGUCCUAUGUGAUCCUAGCCAUCGUAAUCUUCCUGCCUUACAUCUCCCAGUCUCUAAAAUGGUGCCGCAGCAAAGCUAUCGGCCAGGUGGAGGAGACGCCUGAUUCCAUGAUGUUUUAUACAUAUCAUCCAAACGAACCCCUCAGCAAGGAGAGGGUGGAGGCCUUCAGCGACGGCGUGUUUGCCAUCGUAGCUACUCUACUCAUCUUAGACAUAUGUGAGGACAAUGUCCCUGACCCAGUGAUGGUCCAGAAACAGUAUGGUGGCAGUCUGGUGGCUGCCCUGCAGAACUAUGGUCCAGAGUACCUGGCCUACUUCGGCUCCUUCGCUACCGUGGCUCUCCUCUGGUUUGUCCAUCACUCUCUCUUCCUUCACGUCACCAGGACCACGCGUUUCAUGGGCCUCCUCAACACCUUCUCCCUGGCCUUCGUAGGGGGCCUGCCCUUGGCCUACCAGCUGACCCACGAGUUUCCCCGGAACUCCCGCAACGAGCUGGAGGCCAUCCAGAUCAGCUGCGUCAUCAUCUUCUUCGCCGGCGUCUUCCAGCUCGCCAUCUGGGUGGCGGCGCUGUUCAGCGAACGCGAGACGCUACACCCUUACGUGCGUUACGGCGGCCGUGAGCACGCCUUCAUGUUGGCCAAGCUGGCGCUGUACCCGUGCGUGGCCCUGGGCACCUUCUUCCUCACCUGUAUUCUCAGUAAAUUCAGCGCGUCUAUUUUUCACCUGAUGGAGAUUACGGUGCCGUUUGCUUUCCUGUUGCUGAGGCUGCUGGUCAGAGGCGGGUUGACGCUGCUUCGUCUCAUAUUCUGCCCAGAUGGGCCGGAGACGAGGAGUGCUCUGGAGGAGGAGGAAGAGGAGGCUAGGAUGCCCUUCAAUACCAUAAUCACUUAGUGAUUGUCAUUUAGCUCGAUGGUCCAUUUGCUCCGGGUCUGUAUUCACAAAUGUUGCAGAGUAGGAGUGCUGAUCUAGGCUCAGUUUUGACGGUUAUAUCAUAAUGUGUAUAUAAUGAAUAAGAUUAUAUGGACAAGUGGGUCCCUGAUCCUAGAUCAGCUUUGUGAAUACAGGCUCUGGGACUGGGGACGUGGUGUGUCGGACAGAUGUACAGUAGCUACAGCUCGUCUUGACCUCUGAAGGGAGAGUUUGAGGUCGAAUCCAUUUGAACUGCACAUUCAGUUUUGUAUUGAUGAGUCAUUUUCUUUUCAAAUUGGUUGCGUAAGUCAAGUGGUCGUUAAAGGAAAUUGCACUGAGCCAGAGAAUUGGAGAGUACAACCAAUGUAAUUGGCAGCCCUUCCAUUUUUAUAAUUUGUAUCUGACUUCUUGAAUAAUGGUUUAUUGUUUACCCUUGAGAAUCUAGUCUGUUUGUGCCAACAUUUGCACUCCAAACAUGUUUGGCGUGACGAAGCACAGGGGUCCGUGUUAAGAGUUCAGAAACUGCGUUUUAAUAUUGAAAGUCAAGUUUAUUUGUUGUCUGCUUCAAUAGAGUGAUCAGGAACGUGCAGCUAUAGAUUUCCUUCACAGAAAAUACAUUAGUGCAACACAUUCACAAAAUAGCUUCAUUUUCAUCAGAUGACAACAGAAGUGCUACUCUAUUUGGCGUAGCAGCCACUCGAGUAAAUGAGCUUACAAUGAAAAAGCAAGGUAUUUGUUUUCGCUAAAACGACCCAUGGUCAUCAGAUUUCAGUUUAUCAUAGAAAGAAUGUAGCCAGCUCCUAAUGUUUUUCUUCGGGUUAAUCAUUGUACCGGAGGAAAGUAGCUACGCAGUCAGAGCGCUGUCUGCUGAUAAAAUGCCCGUUGGUGAAUUCAAGUCAGUUUAGAACAAAUUCUUAUUUACUCUUAAAAUAUUUUUUUGGGGGGGGGCCGUGGUGAACAAAGCAGAAUUCUGCAUUUAACGUGACCCCUGAGGAAAAGGAGUGAAAUGUUAGCACCGACUGAAUUUCAGGCUAGUUAAUUUUGGGGUUUCAUUCAUUCUGAAUAUUCAUGUCCACUUCCCAACAUACAAAUAGCAGAUAAAAUGGAAGUCCUCAUAUGUACCGCCCGUCCAACAUUCACUCACUGCUCAUAUUGACCGAGUUUAAUCACUGAGUAUAAAUUCUAUAAAAUAGUUUUUUUUCUUCCUUCUAUAACAUGGAAGAGUGAGUGAGCAGCAUGAAUCGGACCAACAGGGUAACGUCACUUUUUUCAGUUCAGAAUAUAAUAAUAACCGUCCACAGGAAUGUACUCACAAUGUGUUGUCAGCUCAUAAUAUUGCACUUCUUAUUUUAUACAAUACUUCUAAAAUCGUAACUUGGAAUUGCUCACAUUUCCUGAUGUAAUUUUUUUUAUUUAUUCCCUUUUCACAAAUCUUUAAUUCCGUCCAUGUUCAACCCCAGGAUGUGGGUGCUCACGUUACACUGUUAUUCCCUAGUGUUUUCUCCGUUGUCAUAGGGGGGGAAAAGUGUCGUAACAAAAACAUCUGAUUUAUUGGAGUGCACAUAAUGUGCAGAAACCGAUGGGAGGCGCAGAAUAAGGACGUAAUAUUUGGAGUUCGUUUUGCAUGGCCCCGGUGCGUGGAGAUUUCACGUUAAGGACCAAUGGAAUAAAUAAUGAUGAAACGCUGUUCAUCGGGCUACGUAACACCAACUCACCCAUUUAAAAAAAGGCAGUUGUGUUUUCUCCACAGCUCCACCAAUCAAGCUCCCAUCACCUCGGUCCACACCGGGCGUGUUGUUGCGUCCCUCUUCACCGUCUCUUUAGGUCUCACAUGCGGCGUUGUCAUUGGCAUCAGACCCCUUGCCCAAUCGCGUCCUAGAGCACUGCUCAUACUACAAGAUGCACGACCAACAUUUUAGAAAAUGUAUCAGGGCCAGCCAACAGCCAUUGUGUCUUUGACCUCUCAAAACAACCUAGCCCAAGUUCAUAGGAUUUCAGCCCGAUCAUGAACAUGUGUAGCGUAUGGCAUUAGCUGAAAAAGUCCCAUUUUGUAGCAUUCUUUCUGCUCAGGCUAGGUUACAUUUAUUUGAUUUACAUUUUUAAAUGAAGUAAAUACAAGAAAUGUGAAUAGCCAUUCUCAUCUGUCCAGACAAUAUGUUGUACUCAGAGUAGAUUCGUUUCAGAAAUGAUUUUACAUUACUGGGCCAUUUAAAAUCAAACCAUAGUAUGACAUACAAUGAAAUGAAAGACAUGGUUGAAGACAGUGAUUUAUUUAAUAUAGAUGUGCAAUGUUACAUUAUAUUGAAAUGUAAAACACUUUCUUUGCAAUAUUCUGGAUGUGACGUUUCUUUCCCGAUAAAGGUCACAGAGGUCAUUGUUAUUGCGGCAAUACUGUUUUGUGUUUUGAUGUUGAAAAAGCACUUUAAAUUCAGAAUGCUUCAGUGUUGUCUGCUUUAGAGCUCAAAUAAGGAAUCAAAUGUUCUUAACCCAGAACUAAUGUCUUGCAUAAUUGGUCAGCUGAUUGAAGUUCUGGGUCGAUGCGUUGUUUUAAAAUGAGGAGCUGAACCGGAACGAGAAGCUCCACCCCCUCUCUCUCUUUGCAAGCUACUGCUGCUCGUUUUCCCCCAAUUCCUUCGACAAAAUUCUACAGUAGCAGUUCUGUUUACGUAGAUCCCAGGAGAUUAAGCUAUACAAGUGCUACGUCAAUCACUGUUAACACUGCAAGUAUUUUUUUUGUAAAUAAUCAAUAAACUGCUUUAAAAAAAAGGCAGUCUUUUUUUUAAUUUUAUGUAACAUACUGAUCUUGCAUCCAUAGCGCCGUCAAGAGAACUGAUCCAGGAUCAGCACUCGCCCUCUCUUAGAAUACAGG